AUGAGUGGUCCUAAUCCUGAUGCCUUUCAACGGGCGCUCAAAAAGUUCAAGGCUUCCCUGGAUCCCAAUCUUCAAGCCCAAUUCUCUCAAACGUCACUUUCCGAUGUCUACUCUACGAUACGUGAUAUCCAGGAUAAGCAAGCCACAGCCGGCGAGCAGAGAGAUAUACGGAGGCUGCAAGCCUUCAUCGAAGCUAUGGAUCAGUUCGAAAUCGGGAACGCUCUGCCUGGGCUGCAGCAGUAUCGCGCCUCGUUUGAAAGUUACCAACCUCUAUCUUCUGUACUCGAAGAUUACCAUUCCGACAUCUUGAAUUUUCAUCGUGUGGCCCUCUCAGUCUUUGCUCGGCCAAAAUGGAAGUCGAUCUUCAAAGCAGUAUGGAAAACUUUCGAGACAGAACUUGGGCCUAUAAUAACAAGUCUUGCAAGCCGCCGAGCACUUCUCGAAAGCGAGAAAGCAUCUGCGUCACUCUAUGAGAUUAACAAUAUUCGUGAGAAGAUCAGCUCUGUCUACCAGGAACAACAAUGCCAGGCAAGAAUAAAUAGAGAUGAACGACACCGCACAUAUAUGCGCGAGAUCAAGGUCAAGCUCCAGAGCCCCGAAUACCAGAUCAACCAAGAGAUUUCUACCGAAAGCAGAGGAGAAAGCCAAUCUGGUCAAUGGAUUUUCAAACACUCGAAGUUCGAGCCGUGGUAUGACAGUAGCACUCUAAGUAACAUGGUGCUAUACAUUAACGGAAUUCCGGGCGCGGGAAAGACAACUCUUAUGUCAACAAUCAUUGAGAGGCUUUUGAAAGAGAAACUUUCAAGCGGAAGUGGAACCUCAGUUGUGUAUUUCUACUUCAAGUACUCCUAUACACGAGUGCAUAACGGGUUCCUACGUGCUAUUUUGGAGCAACUAAUCAACCAAAACACGACUCUCUCUGGUCAAUUGUUCGAUGACAUAUCCGACAUUGAGGGCGAGAAUUUGAGGAAGACAGAAAGAUUGCAGCACUUGGUUAAGGAAGCCCUCGAAACUAGCCGCAUCUCAUUUCUGGUUCUAGAUGGAUUAGAUGAAUGUCCUAAAGACGAGACAGAGCAAACUGUCAAAUGGCUGCUUUCGAUCCUCGAAGGACAAUCUACGGGAUCGACUUUGAGAAUCAUUUUCUCUGGCCAGCGUGAUGGCAUUCUGGAUAGAUUACUCAAGCCCUAUCCUUCAAUACCGCUUGAUGUUUCCGCAACACCUGCCCAUACACAGGACAUCAAUCGCUACUGUGCAGAGUUUUGCACACGUAUCCAGGAAGAGUUCGACAUGUCUCUAGAACUUCGACAUGAGAUAUUGAUAAAGGUCAUGGAAGGAGCUCAAGAUAUGUUUCUGUACGCGCGAGUUGUUUUACAUAAUCUGACGAAUCAGGCAACCCUUUCAGAUCUGAAGAAAGAACUUCAACCAGGCACCUUUCCCAAAGGCAUUGAAGAUGCAUACAACCGUGUUGUUGCUCGGGUGCUAGAAGGGCCUGUUCCCCGACAGAAGCGCACUCUUCAACUUCUUGGGUUGAUCGUCGCCGCUCAACGGCCGCUUAGAUGGCGAGAGAUACAAGGAUUCUUCUGUAUUGACUCAUCACUAGGAGAGAUUGAUUACGAAAAUAAGCGUCUACGAAAGAGUUGCAAAGACCUUUGCGGGGCCCUUGUUGACGUGCACCAAGACAUGAGUGAGAGCUCAGUAUCGGAAGACUUGAUACGGAUUGUGCAUCCAACUGCUAAAAGUUAUAUUAUCCAGAAGAGCAUCAUCAAUCUUAGCCUUGAGCAUGCCAAGUUGUCUCGUUUCUGCUCAGAAUAUCUGACAUCAAGACCGUUCAAAGCUGGCAUAGGCCAUGAGCAGAUUGCCUGUUACGCAGCUUCCGGAUACUAUGGGUUCCUGGAUUACGCCGUACAGAACUGGUACCAACACGCCGGCUACUUUAUUGAGGUGUCUGACGAACUUGAUGUAUCUAUUAACAAUAGUUCUUUCGGGUCGCUUCGAGGUCUCCUUAUUGCAUUUCUUGCUCAAGUUCCGGACACAGAACACCUCCUUGAGCCGGCUUCCACCUCUACGAUUGAUCUUUACAAGAACCUUGCCAAGGAUGACCGAGAACGGAACUCGCAGAUUGAGAUGGAGCUUCGGUUGACUCUGGUCCGGCAGCAAAUCGAAAGACUCUACCGGGAUGGCUCGAUGCCCCUCGACGGUACCAUAAGCCAACUCUAUGGACCCAAACUCACGUUAAAGUGCCAUAAAUCUUGGUGUUCCUAUUUUACAGGCGGCUUCAAAACUACUGAAGAGCAACAAGCGCACCUUGCUCGGCAUGAACGCUCGUUCUACUGUCCACAGGAGGGUUGCUUUACCUCUUCCCUUGGGUUCGCAUCUGAGUCGCUGCUAGAAACGCAUCGGACUACUUGGCACCCAAUGCAGUCAGAUCCAGCCCAAUUUCCUAUGCGCAGUCGCAAGAAGUACAGAAACCUCAGGGCCGCCGUAAUCUCAGGUGAUAUUGAUGCUGUAGAAUUUGCAUUGGUAUCACAAACGCUCACCUCGGAGUCAAACACCAAGGACUUCCAAAAGGCACUGUUAUAUACGGCAAGACAGGGUGAUACAGCCAUGUGUAGAUUACUGAUGUCUCAUGCUGCAAUCGGCCCUUCAUCAAACCUUUUUCGCGAAGCCCUUGUAGCUGCUACUGUGGAAGGGAAUCUUGAAACCGUUAAACUAUUCGGUUCUCAACUUAGCGACGGUUUUGGAAGGGACUGUGGUCGCAGGGCUUUCUUAAAGGCAUGUGAAGCUGGUCACUUAGCCACUGCAGAAUUCUUGUAUGAUACGUCUGGUUGCCACAUUGAUGAGAAGUUCACUGCCUUGUUUCUCUGCAUUUCGAACAAGGACACGGGUAUGCUCAAAUACUUGUUGGGGAAUGGAUUUGCAGACUCCGAGGAUUCGAGUUUAUUGGUAAGUCGCGCUCUUGAGUGUGGCUGGACAGACAACAGCAUCUUUAAAUUGAUACUAGAUACGGGACGGGCAAGUCUCGGAGAUGUCAGUCGCGCCAUCGAAAAAGGGGCCAUCAAGCUAGCAGAGAUAUUGCUGUCUCAUGGAGUCGAGUUUAAUGAUAUCGAACAGAUCAAGCUUGUAUAUCAAGCCUUUGCGGCAGAUUUGAAAGAUUUAAUGACUCUUAUCACGAAUAUCAAGCCAGUGUUCAAUCUGCCUCCACUCUUCUUGUUUGAGCCGUGGUUUCACCUGGAGAAUAUCUGGCAACGCGCAAGUACUUAUGAACCGGCUGGUUAUCGCUUCGAUGUAGUAGAACAAUACAAGGUCAAUCAACUUGCCAAAAAGGCAGUGGAGGUCGCUUUGGAGAAGCAAAAAGAUUUCAACCGAAGACGACUUCACCAGGAGCUCAAUGAUCCAACGAUUGCCGAAUUUCAAUCCCAAGGCAAAGACAUUCUCGAGUGUUUCUACCGACAUCAAGCCUUUCGAUUACGAGAACCUUUACUCGCGGCCAGCCUUUAUAGAAAACUCGAACGAAUGGGACGAGAAAAAGCCAUAGCGUUUCUUUCGGACAAGACUUGA